AUGCAGAUUGAACCCGACCUCAUAUCGCGGAUCAAAGAUGCACAAAAGCAAGAUGGAGAACUUUGGGCAAUUGUGCAAAAUCUCGAGGUGGGUAAGCAAUCUGAAUUUAGUAUAGACCAUCAGGGGGUGAUUUGGUGUGGCAAAAGACUUUGUGUACCCGAUGACUCCACCCUUCGUGAGUCAUUGUUAGCCGAAGCUCACAGCUCACCAUUUUCAAUUCACCCAGGAUCUACCAAGAUGUAUAGAGAUUUAAGACAGAACUUCUGGUGGAAUGGCAUGAAGGAAGACGUUGCUCGAUACGUAAGUAAAUGCCUCACUUGCCAACAAGUGAAAAUUGAACACAAACGAGCAAGCGGUCUGUUGCAGCCAUUGGAUAUUCCCAUAUGGAAACAUAAGCCAAAAAUGGAAGGAAAUGGUAAUCAAAGGGCCAGGGAAGAAGUACCUGCAACCACAUCCGAUGAAAAUGAGAAUUGUGAAGUCAGGUCUAGUGACGAAGAGGAAAUCAAUCGUGGCGAUUCAUCUUCGAGUUCACGACAAUAUAGCCAUUACACACGAGAGCAAGUUGAAGAACUUGAAAAAUUCUUCAAAAAGAACCCUCACCCUACCGAGAAAGAAAGGACUGAAAUUGCAAAUAAACUCAAUAUCACUAUCAAUAAGGUCAAAUUUUGGUUCCAGAAUAGAAGAACUCAAUUGAAGAGUCAAAAGGAGCGCAGUGAGAAUGUGAUUUUGAAGCAAGAGAACGAGCAACAAAUGUGGUGCACAAGCAACAAUACCAGACGGGUCCAUUCACAAACACAAAGUCGUGACAGAGAACACACGGUUGAAAGAGGAACUUAG